AUGGGCAAGAUGGCACGACAGCAGCAAGGUGACGUUGACGAGUUGUUUGACGUUAAAAACCACUUUUAUAUUGGAAAUUAUCAGCAAUGUAUCAACGAAGCACAAAAAGUCAAGCCAACGACAGUAGAUGUUGCAUUGGAGCGAGAUGUUUUUCUCUACCGCGCUUACAUAGCGCAGCGAAAAUUCCGCGUAGUGUUGGAUGAAAUUAAUGAAUCUUCACCAGCAGAAUUAAAACCAUUUAAAAUACUGGCCGAGUACUUUGCGUCUCCUAACAGACGUGAAACAAUACUAGCUGAGCUGGACCGCGCUACUGGCUACUCUAUUAUUGAUAACAAUAAUUUGAUGAUAGUAGCAGCUACUAUUUACUACCAUGAGAAGAAUCUAGAGUCCGCAUUACGAGUGUUGCAGAACGCUAAUAAUCUUGAAUGCAUGGCUCUGACACUGCAGAUUUACUUGAAAAUGGACCGUCUGGAUCUGGCAAAAAAAGAGCUAAAAGCCAUGCAAGAUAAGGACGAUGAUGCUACCUUGACACAGUUGGCACAGGCUUGGAUAAAUAUUAAUAGUGGUGGUGAUAAGUUGCAAGAAGCCUACUAUAUCUUCCAA